UGUCAAACAAAUGUCAAAUUUUCUGAAAAUGAUGUGUUGUUGUUGAAAAAAUAUAUUUUUAUUGUAAUAAUUGGUUUUCAGUCUAUUUUAUCACGGUAAAUAGCUCAAACUGUAUAUAAAAAAUGACGUCCUUCGAUCAAAAGUUUGAUAUGUACCCUGCUGGUGAUGUAGGUGUGAUAGAGGGCGAGAUGAAUGUCCCCUCUAGGGGUGUGCCCUCCGGGGACAGCAUGGAGUUCAACACAUUGGAUGAGCCCAUCAAGGAAACCUUUUUAAGGGAUCUAAGAGCAGUUGGCAACAAGUUCUACCAUGUCCUUCUUCCCAGAGAGAAAACUAGUCUAUUAAAAGAAUGGGAUCUAUGGGGUCCGCUGCUGCUGUGCACAUUCAUGGCAACGAUCCUGCAGGGCUCGGCGGAGCGGGCAGACAACUCCAACGACGGGGGCCCGGAGUUCGCGGAGGUGUUUGUACUGGUCUGGAUUGGAGCCGCUGUAGUCACAUUGAACUCAAAGCUGCUUGGGGGAAACAUCUCGUUCUUCCAGUCAGUGUGCGUGCUGGGCUACUGCCUGCUGCCCAUCGGGCUGGCGUUGGUGGCGUGUCGCGUCAUCCUGUUCGCGGAGCAGAACAAGUUCCUGUUCUUCCUGAGGCUCGUCAUAUCGAUGCUCGGCUUCGUCUGGGCUACUUUUGCGGCUACGAAAUUCCUCGGCGACAGUCAACCAUCGGGCAAGAAGGCUUUGGCGGUGUACCCCAUAUGCCUGUUCUACUUCAUACUGUCGUGGCUCGUCGUGUCACAUAGUAAUGUUUAGACGCACAGUAUUUGUAAUGUAAGUUAUUAUAAUAAUAUUGAUUAGUAUUAUAGGGUAAUCGGCCGUGUCAAGUCUGAAAGUAAGGUAGGGUGGUGCGGGGAAGGCCGAAUUUUGAUUCAAUCCCUGCAGAGAAAUGUUGGUUUUGAUCAACAUUGGCCAAGUUACAGUAGGUGUUAAUAGUACAGUAUCCUAUGCAGAUAUCUGAUCAGUGAUCACUCAUGCAGUUUAUCGAUGCCCUUGCUUAGAAGCGCCACCUAAUACGCCAUCUGAUGACUGCUCGCCCGUACCUAAAUCAGUGGCGGUCAAAUAUGCGCGUGAAACACUGUACACCUCUCCAGUCGUUGAGUUUAAACCUUUUGCAUCAUCCAGUCGAACUCUAACGGAUUGACGCGGUCGACCUAUUAUGGGAUGGCAAUGUUAAUAGAAACGAUUUUCUCAAAAGUGAAUAAUAAAAAAAAAAACAUGAAACUUUUUUUUUCUUACUAGAAUUGUUUCCGCAAAUGAGCAAUUCAAAAUUGACACCAAUAUAUUUUUUCAAUCGUCCAAUGUAGUUUUUGUGAUUGUAGAUGCAAAAUUGUAAAUGAUUUUCCCUUGGUAUCCUUUUAUACCCCAUUAAAUUUAUGCAUUGUAUUAGUAAAAUUGUUUUUAGAAACGUUUGUCCCUAACUAAGUGUAUUUAACUAUACAAAUAUUAUUAUUUUACUAUAAAUAAUAAUUGUGAUAUUUGUCGUUUUUAUGUUACGUAAUGUUGUUCGUACGAAUAUUUGAAGGCACAUAAUUAUUAAAACAAAAAAUAAAUUAAAAAUGUUUACAUUUUGACUGAACAUUCCGUAACAUGUAUUUAUAAUUUGUAAUAAAUAUUUUAAAUUAUGUAAAUAAUAUAUUAUUGAUGGAGGACUUAGUAUUUCUACUUUUAAUUAAAGUACACUUUUCUGUC